CCCAACAUUCUGCUUCCAGCGCGCAUCAUCCACCAUACCGACCGCUGGCGCAAACUCGACACCAUGUUGCCCCUCGGUCUACUAAACGCGGCCCAAGGCCACCCUAUGCUGGUCGAGCUCAAGAACGGCGAGACACUCAACGGCCAUCUGGUCAUGUGCGACACCUGGAUGAACCUCACCUUGAAGGAGGUGGUGCAGACGAGUCCGGAGGGCGACAAGUUUGUGAGGUUACCAGAAGUCUACGUCAAGGGAAACAACAUCAAAUACCUGCGAGUACCAGACGAAAUCAUCGACCAGGUCAGCGAGUCGCAGAAGGGCCAGCAAGGAAACUUCCGAGGUGGAAGGGGAGGCCAGUCCAGAGGAGACCACGGCGGACGGGGCAACGAUAGAGGACGAGGCCGUGGUGGUGGCAGGGGUCGGGGUCGGGGCAGAGGUCAAUGAAGCAGCUAGGAUGCUUCCUAUGACAUGCCUGGCACGUACAGUCAUGAACGGGUACCCAUUGAUAGUCCCACACGAGAGGAGUGUUUUAUUCCGGUCAGGGUGUAUGGCAUAUGAAUUUGGGCCACAUUGAUAUCUAGACUGAACGUGACUCUCAAAUCGCUUGGACACCAGCCUACCCUAUGGUUUAACGUUAUGCGGGUUGGUUCAACAAGCAGACUUAGCUGGGAAAAACAACCAAUAGCUAGACUCCAAAUACGAAAUAAGACACAGGCCAGUCAAAAUUAA